UGUAGACAAUCCUUGUUUUCAAUUAUUAAAAAAUUUAAUUGGAAACAUUUGCUGUUGAAAAACACUUUUAUAUUAUCUUCAUUGUUUAACUUGAAAACACUUUGUAUAUAGCAACAAACAAUCACAACAAAUGAUUCGGUCCAAAAUAUCGAUAUUGACGUGAUUGUUUGUUUUGUAAACAAAGAUGUUUUCUCAUUUCAUUUAUAAAUCUCAAAAUUUUCCGUUACUUACGAACGUUGGUCUUUCAUUGAGAAAUCGUCUGUUCACGUGCAUCAAGACAACCGGCAUGCCGCCAAAACGUGGUCGAGGUUCAAAGGCAAACUCUACAGAAACCAAAAAUGAAAAACAAAGUAAGGCGUCGAAAGCACAAGAAGUGUCUGGUAAAAAAUCUAAACGUGCUAGAAAUGAUAAUGAAGAACCUGCACCGAAGCGUGCCAAGACAGAGCCAAAGCAGAUGAUGAAUAAAGUAGAUACGAAUUGGGAUGAAAUCGACUUUGGAUGUGAGAAAUUAAAUGCGGAAGGAAAUAAGUAUAAUUUAAAAAUUUCUAGCUGGAAUGUUUCUGGAAUAAGAGCAGUUAUUAAAAAAAGUGGAAUUGAAUAUAUUGAAAAAGAAGAUGCUGAUAUAGUUGCACUGCAAGAAACUAAAUGCAAUAAAGAUAAAUUACCAGAAGAAAUUAAGUUGAGCGGAUAUCACCGUUAUUUUCUUGACAGUAAAAAAUCUGGCUACUGUGGUCUUGCCUUAUAUUCAAAAGAGAAACCAAUUGAUGUAAAAUAUGGUCUAGAUGAUCCUGAAUUUGAUGAUGAAGGCAGGCUAAUUAUGGCAGAAUACCCCAAGUUUUAUCUACUUAAUGUUUAUGUUCCCAAUGCUGGCCAAAAGUUGGUAACAUUACCAAAAAGAUUACAGUGGAAUGAGGUUUUCAAGAAUUAUAUUAAAGAGCUGGAUGAAAAGAAACCAGUCAUUAUUUGUGGUGAUAUGAAUGUUGCACAUCAAGAAAUAGAUCUCACAAAUCCUAAGACAAAUACAAAAAAUGCUGGAUUUACCAAAGAGGAACGAGAAGGUAUGACAGACUUCUUAGCUGCAGGAUUUGUAGAUACAUUUAGAGCUUUGUAUCCUGAGAAAACUGGUGCUUAUACAUUUUGGUCAUAUUUUGCUAAUGCGCGUACUAAGAACAUAGGAUGGAGAUUGGAUUAUUUUUUGGUAUCUGAACGAAUUAAAGAUCAAGUUUGUGAUAAUGUUAUUAGAGACAAGGUAUACGGUAGUGAUCACUGUCCAAUUGUUCUUUACAUUAAUAUAUAAGAAAAAAAUUUCGUGUGCUUGAAUUAUAAUCAUUGUACUUAAUAUAUUUUGUUUUUUGAGAAUAAAAUUAUUUAUAGAAUAUCUUA